CUUAGCUUUACUGCAACCGGAAGUGUAUGGGCGGGGCUAGUCAUCGGAUGAGGAAGUCACGCGGAGACGGACGCCCACUCACCGAGCAGGCCGUCCGUGAAUGAAGCGCUCCUCAUAAGCGUGAGGCCGGAGCCCCGCCGCGGUUUCCCGUCUCUUCUCCCCCGCCGCGGACCGCUCCGUUCCCCGAUGGUGUGGCGGCUGCUGGCGCUCGUCUGCGCGCUGUCCGCAGAGGCCCACUUCCUGCAGCUCGACAGCAUCAGUAACGUCUCCACGUACUAUUUUAACUACAUUUACUGUAACAUCUGGGAGGGGGAGUGCCAGCCACACCAGGAUGAUGCUUCACAGCAAGUUCCUACCAGGGACUUGUGGGCUGGCUUCUCCCAGGACUACAUCAGCCUCCUCCAUCAGUGGUACUGUAGUCUGGGUCAGUGCUGCGAGUCUGGAGACUGUCGGAUAACCAACAACAUCACAGGUCUGGCAAACGACCUCCAGACCAAACUCCACGGCCAGCACCUGGUUCAGUCUGUUGUUCUCAAAGCCAUCCAGGGAUUCGUCAACAACCCAGAAUCCAACAAACCUCUCACGCUGUCCUUCCACGGCUGGUCCGGCACCGGCAAGAACUUUGUGGCUCGGCUCAUCGCUGAUAACCUGUACCGGGACGGGGUGAAGAGCGAGUGUGUGCGUUUGUUCAUCGCCCCGUUCCACUUCCCCCACGCCAGGCUGGUGGACACGUACAAGAACCAACUGAGAGAAGCCAUUCGGGACAUGGUGCUGCGCUGCCCGCAGACCCUGUUCAUCUUUGACGAGGCGGAAAAGCUUCAUCCGGGCUUCAUUGAUGCCAUCAAGCCUUACAUGGAUCACUAUGACAACGUGGAUGGAGUCACCUACCGCAGAGCCAUCUUCCUCUUCCUCAGUAAUAUUGGCGGAGCAGCAAUCAAUGAUGUUGCUCUGGACUUUUGGCACUCGGGUCAGAACCGGGAAGACAUCGGAAUGGAAGAUCUGGAGCAUCGACUACGGGCUGAAACAAUGGACUCUCAAGGAGGGUUUGCUCAGAGCGAGCUGAUGUCCGGACACCUGAUUGAUUUCUAUGUGCCGUUUCUGCCUCUGGAGUACCGGCACGUCAAGCUCUGCGCUCGGGAUGCAUACGCAGCAAGAGGCAUCGACGCCGAUGAAGCGACGCUGGAUGAGGUGGCCAAAGCGAUGCUGUACGUCCCCAAAGAAGAGAGACUGUUCUCAGCCCAAGGAUGCAAGUCCAUCCCACAGAGGAUCAACUUCUUCCUGCCGUGAUGUGAACAAACAGACAGGGAUAGGGUGACCAGGAGGCGUCGGCUUCCUCCACUAGUCCAUCUGCACACAGAGCAAAGCGGGAAGGUGUGUCUUCUCUGAUCCGCUCUGUACACCUUCCUCCCCCACAAAAAGGUCUGUCCUGGUCCCCCCACUCAGGCGAAGCUGCCGCUCAGAUUCAGUGAUAGAGAGGGGAGCAGCCUGACCUGUUCACAGGGAGCAUGUUCAAGACGAAGGAUGAGGAGUGGAUGAAGGUUUCCACCUUAAAACAACAGUUACAGCAGCUGUGCAAUGUCUGCGAUAAUUUCUAACAGCAUUAUUUAUUUCAAAUCUCACCUGCAUAAAUAUGAGUUAUUUUAAAUGUUUUUAUAAAAUUGUUUUGAACUGCAUGUUACAACAUUGUUAUUAUACAUAUUUAUUGAUAUGAUUUGUGCCACAGCUGGACCUCUGGACAUUGACAGAGCUUAUGAGGGGCUCACACCCUCUGCAAACACAAACAUUGUGUUGUGCACUCUUAGCACCCAACAGCACUACUUUAGUUAAGUCUCCUCCACUUUGUUUUUCUUUAAAAGCAUUACAAAUUUGUCAAAACACCUAAGUAAUAAAUUGCUCUGUUGGAAAUACA